GCCCGCUCCUCCCGCCCGGGAUGGACUGAGCUGCGCCGGCGGCCCGCGCCGAGUCGGCCCUUCCUCACCCGGUCCCGCGGCGCCGGGCCGGUCUCCGGGCGCAGGACACCGCGUCGCGCGUUCCCCGCCGACGGCUCCGGACCGGCUGCCGCUCCGGGGAGAUGUCCGGCGGCCGGCGGAGGGGCGGCGCCCCCUGGCACAGCUUCUCCCGAUUCUUCGCUCCCCGAAGCCCUUCUCGGGACAAGGAAGAGGAAGAGGAGGAGAGGCCGGGGACGAGCCAGCCACCCGCGCCGGGCCGGGGCGCUGCCAGUGUUGAAAAUGAGCCCGUGAGCACAAGUCAGAAAAAGGAAAAUGUACUUUCAUCAGAAGCAGUGAAGAUUCCCCAGAGUGAGGACAAGAGGAACCAUGCUGAGAAGCUAUCCACUCUUCCAGCACAGGAAGUUUCCAAAAAGCCAAAUGACCUUUCCAGCUCUACUUCAGAUGCCAAAGUGGGAGAAAGUGAUAAACAGCCAAAAGAAAGCUUUUUUCAGUUUCUUGGUAACUUAUUCAAUAUCUCAGGAAAGUCAUCUCUUGGUGAAGCCAAGCAAUCUUCUUUUAGAGAUGACCAUGACAAAACUGAGAAAGAUUUACAGAACCCAAGUGCCCGUCGUGAGGAAGGGGUCCGAGGGGAGAGGGCCACUGUCGGUGGCUCCCUGAGGGCCCAGGCACCUCCAGCAGAAGAGCUAGAGUCCAACUCAGCUGAGCUCUCAGAUGCCUUUUCAUUGGAUACAUCACAAGACAGUGAACAGGAAGCCAGUGAUUUGCUAAAACAAACGGAUGGUAAGCCAGAGAGGCCUUUGGUAACAUAUGCAACAUAUCGAGGCCCGAGACAGAUGAGGAAAUAUUUGAAGCAACAGGCAGUGUUGGAAACCGUGAAUCCCUCAGCAAAAGAAAAUGAAAGUUCUGACUCUAGUACGAGCACACACAUGGGCCCUGGAAGUGAGAUGGAGGCUGGGACGGUAUCAUUGUCAUCAGCUAGCACAGACGGAUCGGUAAAAGGAUACGUGCUUGAGGGCCUGUCAGAAGACAUUGAUUAUAACGAAAUAAAUCUCAGCACAGAAAGCCAUUCAGCAAACAACCAAGAACUGCCAAACACUGCUUCCAAGGAUGUUUUAAAUGAAAACGAUCCUGGGGGACCUGAGAGAAGAAGUUCAUCCCCUUGUGUGACCAACUCCAGCUCCGCUGUUGGAGAAUCUGACUCACAGCACCAUUUAAGCUGUGCGCCAGUUUUGCAGACUGACAGAAAUUUGGUGUGUUCAGUGUGGUUUACAGGAAGUAACAGUAGCAAAAUUCCUUGCAGCCCAGACUUGCAGAGGACAGCUACACCAGGAACUAUGGUAAAGGAACACAGCUCGGUGAUGAGUGAUGGGACACUGGUGCAAAGAGAGGAGCACGUGGAGCCUGAGAACCCUGCUAUUUCUGACUGCUUCUCUAGUAAGUCUGAUAGGAGCAGCACCACCAAACCGGGAAGGGCAGGUUUGCCAAGUCCAAGUAAAUCAAUUAGGCGUGAAGACCUGCAGAUGCCAGAGAGUAAGUGUUCCGACAAGCAGACCAUAGAUAACUCAUCAAAGCAGGCUGCCAAUCACACCAGCCUCAUUGCUCUCCAGAGACAUGCUGUGACAGACACGGAACUUGUAAAUGAAGGAAACAGGUUGUCUGCCCAAGACACACAGAAAAAUUUGGCUGUUGCAGAAAUCAAGCAAGAAACCGAAAGCAUCUCAGUUGGUGAAGCCAAAGCUUCAAGUCAUGUAAAAGCUCCAAAAGAUAGAAUUGAGUCCUUACCCAAAGAUACUGGCCAGUUGUUUGUAACAGAAGCCAGAAAGCUUGAUUUUAGGUCGCCGGGCAAAGUGCCUCCCCUUGUUAGAAUAAAUCAAAAGGACGCUGCCUCUGUAAAACACAUCCGUGAAUCAGCAGUUGUAGCAUGUGGAGAAAAUAAAAGAGCACUGGAACUGAAUUUUGAACUUAAUAGAAAUCACAUUUCAGAAUCUCUUCUUGAUUCUGAGAGUCCUCAACAAGCCAAAGCAUUGCCUGAGGCCACAACAUCUCUUAACCUUGACCAUAAAAAAUUAGAUUCCAAUACUUCAUCUCCUACCUUUGUUUCCAAAGUUGGCCUGCUAAGCAAGUCGGAUAGUCCUGUGUCCCAGAAUGAGGGUUCUUCUCUGCUGGUUGAAACUCGGAAUGUCAGCAUUGCUGGUAUUUCCAAUCAGCCUAGUAAGUGUCAAGAAAAAAAUGUGACAGAUCAUGUUGAGGCUGUGGACAGCGGGAACCUCCCUGCUUGCCGUCACCCUGAGCAUCCAUCUGCAAUUUUUGAAUCCAAAGCUGUUCUUCCUGAUAGUGGGGAAUGCCAGUUUCCCCUAGAUCUUCAAGCCAGGGACACCCACUUAACUGCAGUGGACUUGAGCUUUGAGUCUGAAAGCCUCUCUAAGGACCACAGUUCCACUUCAUCUCAAGACCCUAAUAAGGCAGAGUUAAUGCUGUCAAACAGCACAGCAAGUAAGAACACUGUAGAGAAGUCUGACUCUUUCUCCUUGGAGACCAAAACUGAUAACGUUGUAGAAAUUUUAUCAAAAGCUGAAGUGGAUGGUCAGAGCUGUGUUCCUGUUGAGUUGCCUUCUGGAGGAGGGAAAACUCUAGGUCUCUCCAAGAUACCUAUUUCCCAAACAGAGCCCACAGACACUUCUUGGGAUAAAAUUUUGUCUCCACUUGAAAUGACAGAUGUGCCAGCAAAGCCUAUUUUGUCAGAACUGACUUCCCUAGAGCUGGGACAGGACAAAAGUUUUCAGUCAGUUGGUCAGAAAGAGACUAAAGAGAAAUAUUCAGAUGUCGGCCUUAAAGAGAAUUGCCAAACUGAGGUUUCUCCUUCUGCUUCCGAAUGUCAAGGUGUACAGGGAACAGAGACGGAGGCCUCAGGUGAUCCUCCUGCUUUGCUCCAGAGUCAUAUACCUGGGGCUUUACCUCCUGCUCAUGCUGAAAAAGUCACUGGGCAAAUGGCACAGAGUUGUGAAGCCAGUACAUGUGUGAUUCCUCGACCUUCAGCUACUUGUGGGACAAAAAAGGUUUCUGGUUUUUCAGACAUGGCAGAACUCAACUUAACUAACACUUCCCCCAGCUUCCCGGAAACUGACAGCACGAAAGUAAACCCACCUCUUCUGGAUCCUGGUAUCAGUUUGGAAAAAAGGGCUUUUGCGUCUGAGGAUUCAAGUUUUGUUACUGAUCCUUCUGUGCUGAGAUCAGAAAAGGGAGCCUCAUCUCACAGAAGGAAAGAGAACAUUCAUCUCCUAAGUGGUGGUACUGACAGCGUGUCUUCUUCCUCCAGUAACUCCGAAGAAGUUAGCGUGGGUGCGAGCUUAUGCAAUCCCCCAGGUGACUUUGGUUCUGUAAAAGUUGCCACAGGUGGCACAAACGAAGGUGCCUCCUUAGCUAACCAGCUGUGCCCUAACGGCUCUUGUUUGGAAUUUGAAAUAUCUGUCACAACAGGGGCAGAAGUCACCCCGCUUCAGGAACAUUUUGAGAAUCAUCCUGGGAUGGUGUCUCUUGAUUUCCCAACUGCUGCCCAGUGUGACCGUCCCCUGGCAGCAGGGACUGGAGCCGUUGCUGGGGCUCCAGCGUCAGUUAACAGCUCAAGCCAGCAGUGUUCUGAAGCAUCUGCUGGGCACACAGAAGCAAGGAGGAGAGCACAUGACCAACUGGUGGACCUUGAAAAUGGUCUGCCUAAAAAGGCUGGUACAUUGAUUGGUGAGAUCUUUAAUUCUGUCAGGGAGGAACUAAAAUCCAAACACAUAGUCGGUACCUGCCAGGAGCCUAGAACCAUAGACGGCAUAAUGAAUCCAGGUGCCUUGAAAGUAAAGACCCCUGAGAAAAACCCCUCAGAAGUGACACUAACAGGGAUCCAGCUGACAGAGCAUCUGGAAGAGCAGGCCACUGAAAGCAUGUCAGAAGCCCAAGAGGAAGAAAAGACCUGUGACUCACCUCCUGUUGGUGAGAAGAGCCUCCUUUCAGAUUCUGCUAGAAUGAGUGUAUCUUGGUUGAUAGAAGAUCGAGCUAGGGAAUUAGUCAAUGAGAUUAUUUGUUCAGCCCAAGAAACCUUAACAAAUGAUGCUUUUGAAGAUACAGAGGAUAGCUGGGAUUCUGAACUUCAGGCUAAUACUUCAGAAAUUCUGAAUAGUGGUAGUGUUAAGCCGCGCGAUAUAGUAAGGGAGUUCUUAGUGUCGGAGCAGUCAGUAAAUCAAAGCACAUGUGAAAUUAGUGAAAAAGUACUAGAUAGAUUCUUUGCUGUAAGUAACUUAGUUAAUAACACAGAGUCAAUUAAAGGAAGAGAAAUUGUUCUCUACCAGAAGUCCCCAUUUUCAGGAAAUAGAGCUGGGCAGUCUGAUAGUAUAAAUUUGCAGGAAUCAGAUACCGUUUUACUAGCUGAAGACACGCCCAGUACAGGGUUAGACGAUCAGGCAAAAACACAUUCAUUUCUCAAUGGGGACUCUAAAGAGAAAAUGGAAGUGGAGUGUGCUGAUAAUCACAAAACUGAUACAGAGGAUACAAGAACUCUUGCACUGAAUUUCAAAUGGCCUCCAUUUGUGAAUGAUGACAUCCAUGUACCCGGGACAUCUAAAAGCAGUUUGUCUGAUACUUUUGUAUGUAUAUCUGAGAAAAGCUUGCCAGGACACAGUAAUAAAAGCACACCCCUUGCAAUGUCAGAAGUAGGGAAAGUGCACAAGAAGGAUACUGAAGUAAAUGUAGGAAAAAUUGAGCUUAUGCCUUCCAUGUUAGAAAUGGGGAAAAUAAAUAAGAAAGAUGCUGAACUGAAUAUUGUGAAAUAUGAGGCAGCCCCUCUUAUGUCAGAAAUGAGAGGGGCACCUAAGAAGGAUGCUGAAUUGAGUGUUUCAAAAACUGAGCGAACAGCUGACAUUCUGAAAAUGAGAGAAGUAAACCAAAUGGAUGCUGAGAGGUAUAUUGAAGAAACGGAGGGAUUACCUGCCAUUUUAGAGGUGGAAAAAGCUUAUAAAAUGAGGGACACUGAAGGGGAUAUUGGCAAAACUGACAUGAUACCUGUUAUGUCAGAACUGAAAAAUACCUAUCAAGAAGAUGCUGAGAGAAUUACUGGAAAGACUGAAGUGAUUCCUGCUACGUUAGAAAUGGAAAAUAUUUACCAGAAGGAUGCUGAAGGAGAUAUCGCAAAGACUGAGGUGACACCUGUUACAUUAGACGUGGAAAACAUUUACCAGAAGCAUGCUGAAGGGGAUGUUGGCAAGACCGGGGUGACAUCGGUUAUGCCAGAAAUGGAAAAUACCUACCAGAAAGAUGUUGAGGGGACUCCUGAAAAGGCUGAAGUGAUACCUGCUACAUUAGAAAUGGAAGAUAUUUAUCAAAAGGAUGUUGAAGGCGUGAUGGACAAAACUGAGGUGAUGCCCAUUACAUUAGAGAUGGCAAAUACCUACCGAAAAGAUGGUGAGGGGAUGACCGGGAAGACUGAAAGACCUAUGAUGGAAAUGGAGAACACUUAUCAAAGGGGUGCUGGAGGGGUGCUUAGGAAAACUGAAGUGGUACCUCCUCUUGAGCUGGAAGUGAACGAAGCACCCCGGGCAGCAGUACCUGCCUCCUCAGAAAUGGAAGACGCAUGCAAGAGAGAUGCUAAGGAGACCACUGGGGUGAUCGUGCCCAGGCCCUCUAAGACAGAGACGGAAGGAACGUCCCCAGGAGAUUCUGAUGGGACUGUCAGGAAACACAGAGUGUUGUCCACCGUGGUAAACAGUGAGAAAACAUAUGGGACAGGUCUGGAACUGCCCAUCACACGAGCGGAGGCCACACCUCCCACACCUGAGGCUGGGGCAGCACGCCAAGAGUGUGCUGAAGGGAGUGCGGGGGAGAUGGAGAAAGAGACGACGGAGAUGAAGGCAGGCUUGAUAGCGUGUGACACCAGACUCGCCUCCUAUUUCAGGGGACAUGAGUCACCUACGCUGAGUAAGGAUUAUGAAGGCUACCCAGCAGUGCCGCAUGUUCAGCCCGAGGGCACCCUGGGAAGGCCGGACAGAAGGACACCUGUUGCUGCAGUGCCUAAGAGAACAAGACACCUAGAUUAUGGGGACGAAAAAGGGGAAGCCAACUUAGCCUUCGUUUCUCAAGAUGAGCAAGAAAAUUCUUCCUUUACUAUAUUAUAUGAGGAGCCCCUUCGAGAUGAGGACAAGUGUGCUACUGCAGAGGUAAGAAGAACACGUUCUCUCUUGGUUCCGGACACGUCCACCGACAGCAUGACUGUUUUCGCGUGUGAGAGGUCUGAGAGCAGAACUGACCUCGUCCGGCAUUUUGAAAAGGAAACCAAAGUAGGUGAGGCAUUCGACGGUGAUAGUUCAGACAUGUUCUUAGCAGUGGAGGCCAAACGGUACAAGAUCUAUCCCUUAGCUCUGUCUCCCAUUUAUGAGGACGACAGCUCCCAGGAGGACGUUCUCUCCAGUGAGGUCUCACCCGGUCAUCACGGCUCCACGAAGUCAAGGGAGAGUGCAGACCAGCCCUCCUCUGUUCUGUCGCUUCUCCAGUCAGUGUCAGAGCGUUUAAAGUUGAACUUUGAGGAAGAUGACAGGCAGGAGGGAGGGGAAGAGGAGGAGAAGGAGGAGGAAAGGGAGGAAGAAGCAUCGCAUGAAGGAUGUCUGAGAGCUCGAAGGCAGGAAACUGUUACCUUCAAGCUGCCAGAUUCUUCUGUCACAUUUUACCCCGAUGGUGACCACAAAAGUACUGGAACUUCUGAGACUUCGUACGUGAUGUCAAAUGAACCCGCUACCUGUAAUCUGCAGAUUGGUUUGUGGCCAGAAAAGGCCUCAUUUCUACAAAAAUCCGACCUUACUUCCAAGCUUCACUCUUCUCUGAAGAGUGCUUACCAUCAGUACUUGCAGACUUCCAAAACCCACUGCUCGGAAAAAGGAGCCAGAUUUGGUGGAGUUUUCCAGGAACCCGUGUCAAAGUAUUUCCGUGCUCAAGACACCUCAGGCCGACUGAGCCCCUUCACAGAGAAUGUUGACAAACAAACUCUGAAGUGUAACCCAAGACCUGGCAAGGUGGUUAUCUAUGAUCUCCAUGGAAGUAAAUAUAAACAAGAGAUCUACUGUAAUAUUCCUGAUGCUACAUCUUGGUUCUUUCCGAAUGGGGUACUGAUAAAAGUUGUAAGGGGCUGCUGGAUUUUAUAUGAGAAACCACAUUUCCAGGGUCAGAAAUGUGUACUAGAGGAAGGGGAAAAAGUAUUAAACCGUGACUGGAUCCUUCAGAACAGAAAGCAUCCACAAAGAGACUUCGUAUUGGGUUCUAUCAAGCGUGUCUUAAAGGAUUGCAGUAUUCCAGAGAUAGAACUUUGCCCACAGUCUGACCCAGCAUGUUGUCCUAUCUACAUACAGCGAGCGAUUCCCAAUUUGGAAGAGCUGAAUAUCCCCAAGUCUGUGUCCUUCACUGUGAAGUCAGGAGUUUGGCUUGCCUACCCAGAUAUUAAUUUUAAGGGGCAAGCUACAAUUUUGGAGGAAGACCAAGGACUCUUUGAGAUUUCUGCAGCAGAAAUGAAAUCACUGCAUCCACUUCAAAUGGGUGGACUGAAAGUGGAAAUGCCUAUGAACUUAAAGGUUAUUAUUUAUGAGAAACCUCACUUCCGUGGACAGGCCAAAGAAUUUAGUGAGCAUAUAGAUUCUGUACCUAAUUUUUUAAAAAAUGAUGUGGAUUUUCAUGGAAUUGGAUCAAUCCGUGUCAUCGGUGGAGUUUGGGUUGCCUAUGAAAAAGAACAUUUUAAAGGCCAGCAGUUCUUGCUUGAAGAAGGAGAUUUUGAAGACAGUAAUGCCUGUGGGGCGUUAAGUGGUUCCAUCUUGUCUUUCCGGUACUUACAAGCUAAUUUCAUAGAAUCUUCUAUCACACUGUUUGAAUCUGAUCUAGAGAGUGGGAAGUUUAUUGACAUUACGAAUCAGGAAGUUUCUGACUUAGAAGAAAUUGGCUUUGGCAGUGAAACAAGAUCCAUUCACGUUAAAAGUGGCGUAUGGGUUGCCUACCAGCAGAAGUUCUUCUGUGGAGAACAGUACAUUUUAGAGAAAGGAAAAUACAAGUGCUUUUUUGACUGGGGAGGAUCAAAUAAUACAGUCAUGUCAAUACGACCUGUCCAGCUGGAACCGCUUGGGAUAAAUGAGCCUCCACAUUUGCUCAAAGCAUUCAGUAAACCAGGGUUCCAAGGUGAAUGUGUAGAUUUCACAAAAGAGAUUUUGGAUUUGACUUCAUCAUUCUGGCCAUGUUCUUUUAAAGUUCUUCGGGGUUGCUGGCUCCUGUAUUACCAAGAGGACAUUUCCAAUAACCAGUGUGUGUUAGAAGAAGGCCUCUAUGCUGACCUUACUUCCUGUGGCUGCCCAACAUCCAGAGUCAAAUCCCUCAAGCCCAUUGACUAUGUUUUUGAAGAGCCCUCCAUUAGCCUUUUUGCUCUGGAACAUUGUGAGGGGAGAGAGUUACACCUGGAAGAGGCUGUGAACUCUGUUCUGAACAAGGACCUGCACUUCUACACCCAGUCCGUGUGGGUGAAAAGCGGACUGUGGAUAGCUUAUGAAGGACCCAAUUUCCUAGGAAGACAAAUCCUACUCAAGCCUAACGAGAUCCCAAACUGGACAGCGUUCAGUGGAUGGAAAACAAUCGGCUCUCUCCGUCCUAUGAAGCAGCCUGCAGUGUACAUUAGGAUAAAGAACCGAGCCCAGGAUGAGUACCUGACCGUCACCGGGAACGUGGCUGACACACGGGCGACCUCUGUGUGCUUGUCUCCAUACAGUGGGAAGAACACUCAGAUCUGGCACUACUGCCGAGGACUCUUUAAAUCCAAGGCCAAUAACACAUGUCUUGAUGUGAUCGGUGGUCGGGACACACCUGGAGCUAAAGUCGCCCUAUGGACUGAACACGGGCAGUUGAGGCAGAAGUGGAGACUGAACAAAAAUGGAACCAUCAGCUCCUACCUCAGUGAUCAACUUGUCCUUGACGUUAAAGGAGGAAAUUAUUACGACAAAACUCAUGUAAUUGUAAAUCAGCCCCUGGAGGGAGAAGAAACACAGAAGUGGGACAUUGAAAUAUUGUGAGAGACCCUGCAGCCUCCCUGAGAGUCAGCACAGGGAGCAGGGACCACGUCCCGUGGAAAGGAAGCUGCUCACCCUCACACUCCUGGAUCACUGAGCGAACUUCUUCCCCAACUACAAGACUGUGGCUCUUAACCAUAGAAAAGCUCAAAAUAUUCUUGCCAGUCAUUCCAUGUUCCUCUGAAGAGCGUGUUCUGAUUUCUGGGAGAUUGUAUUCCCACCUGAUCUCCAGCUUUGGUGAGCAAGUUUCCUGAGGUCUGUUUCCUCUCCUCUCCACCGAACAGGAAUCCUAGUCCUGACUGUUGUCAGACGCUGGUGAUGCUGUCAUCCUGUGUUAGCUGUUAACCCCCUAGCAGACGCGUGUAUGAGCGCCAGGCACAGGGAAGCAGGGUCCUAUAGGUCAAGUCAGACUUUUAAAAAGGUGAAUACUUUUUUAGCAAUAUCUGAAAACAUAUUUAAUAAACCUUCCUAUUAAGCUGCUGUAUUAGAUAAAUAGUCAAGGUUCUCUACUGAGGCUUUUUAUAACUGAAGCACUGUAAGUAUUCACACUUGUCACUGCCCCCAGGGAGGGGCCUCAGCUUUGUAAGGAAAAUGGCUCAACUACUGGAGUGUUUUCUGUGGCUGCUCUUUGCUCAGUCCUUCAAACUAAAAAAGCACAAAUAAUAUGCAGCCAUCCUGGCACUCUCAGUAUUAACAAAGACACCCUUCUGGGUGACAAGACUCUAACCAAGGCUUACCUGUCCCUGAGCAGAGACCUCCCUGAUCUGCCCUCACGGUAUAAAGACUCUGUCACCCACGUAAAAGAUCAAAUUUUUCUUCGCCUGAAGUAAAAGAAAAUUUCAAACAUUCAAAACCAAGCGGUAUUUGAGCUUGACUUAUAUACCAUUUUACUUUACAAAAUGACAAAAUGUUUUUUACUCCCGUUUGGAAUAGCUUUCAUUCAAGCAAAAUCAGGUAGGACAUCGUCUUUGACUUGGUUACAAGUAAUCGUUACCACCAGUCACCAUGCAAUCCACAAGCACCUUGCCCUCCUCAGUUGGUUUUAAACGUAAAUUGAGACAACAGUUUCCUUCAUCCCCAACUUUUGCCAGAAAGCAGAAAAACAUCUGCCCUAUUUUUAUAUAGAAAGAUUAAAUUCUCCAGUGAUAUUUUUUAAAAAGUAUCAACCUAUAUGCACUUUAGAAUAUAAAAUAACAGUGAGCUGUUUUAACUCAAGACCCACUAUUUUGAGUAUUUUUUAUAGAGACUUGGUCUUUCCAUGUAAAUAUUAUUGGGGCUUCUUUUUUUUUCCUUCAAUCUCAGGCUCUUUUGUCACCUUUCAAGCAACAUCUGUAAAAACCCCUUUAUGCCCAUAGCUGCAAUGGCCUCUUACUAGUAAGGCAGUAUUAUUUAAUGAAAUUUAUGUUAUAGGAGUAACUUUAUUUUAAUGGGGAGGGGGGCUUGUGUAUACAUGAAGGUAUGUAUAUUUUCAUUGUAAAAAACCAAGUUAAAUUUUCUUUUUCUUCAUGUUAAUUGUUUAAAAUUUUUCCAGAGCCAGUGAGGCUCUUUAAAGAAGCUGUUUAUUCCAAAGAACAAAGCCAGGUAACAUUUAAUUUUAAAUGAAACACUUAUUAGAGCUGUGCCUUUUCUACCACACUGGAUUAAAUAAACUUGUCAGAAAGUG